AUGGCCUGGUCCUCCCUUGGGCUUGCCCUAGCGCUGGGCUUUUCUGUGGCCGCACUUGAUUCGCUGGAGGAUGCAGACUGCCCCAUCCUUGGUGAAAGCUUCGCCACUGCCGGUGAGGAUGGCUUGCGCUUCCUUCAACUUCGAGGGAAAAAGCAAAGUGCAAGCGAGGGGGAAGGAGCUUCUUCUGAUGGCGGGUGCUUCCAUGAGGUCAGGAAACUCAUGCGCUUCGACGCUAAGCUGAGCCUCCGGCAGCUCCAGAAGAUACAGCUCUUCACGGAGGCAGUUUCGUCUUCCGGGGGGGCCGAAAGCGUCCUCGACAGCACUUCUGCCCGGCAUAAGCUCGCCGCAAACAUCCUCCAGCAAACGGCUGCUAAUGGCACAGAGGCCGCCUGUGGCCCGACAGUCAGCUGGCUGGCAGAGUUGCACUUGGGGAUCGAAGGCGAGCUGCUUUUGAAGAUCCCGAGCGUGUCCACCUGGCCUUUGUGGCAGACGCGUGAGGAUGUGCUGAGCAGCUUCGCUCAACGGAGGGACUCGAAGGAGGAGAUUUUCUGGUAUAUGAUGACAUCUGGGAGCCACACGCAGCAUGUCUGGGCAGUGCAGCAGUACCCUGCAAACCGAGAGCAAAACCUGCCUGUGCGGUAUAGGAUCCUCCAAAGCUGCUUCGACCAAUACACGCUGAGCGCAUGGCUGGAGCCCGACCCGGAUGCAGAGCGACUCAUCCGCGGCCGGGAAGUCUAUGCGCCGAAGAACCGGACGCUGCAGGACGGCGGUCCCGGCUACUGGAUUAAGAUGCAGCGACCAGCUGAGGAGGGUGGCUACGACUUCUCGAGUACAGGCGAGUGCAUCAUGCGGCCGCGGCCGCAGUGGCCCAAGAAGCUGAGGGAGUGGGCGGAGAGCAGCCUGAAGUACACGGCCGAGGAUGCUUUUCGGGACCUUCUGGCUGCGGCCAGCAAUCAUGGGCAGGGUCGUCUGCUCACCGCCGAG